AUGAUCUGUUCUGAUUACUCUGAGGAAACAGAAGGAGGACAAAAAGAAGAUGGCAAGGAAGAGGAAUACAUACCUUCUCAGCAUCCCACAGACGUCCGUAGAGAGAUGUCUUUGCUACCACGUCCUAUUCGACAUUUCGUCAACCGAAAGAGAGAGCUCAGCGAGAUAAAACGGUUUCUUAAUAAGAACGACUCACAGAACGACUGUAGAUGCAUCCUGUUACAUGGGUCUGUCGGUAUGGGGAAAACUUCAACUGCAGUCAAGGCGGUAAACGAGAUAUUAGAUGCCGAUUCCGAGACCGUGGUUGCCUACGUAAACUGCAGGUUUUUGGCCUCCCUUGAUGAUCUCGCUGGGAAGAUUGCCAAGCAGCUGUACCACUUCCCUUUCAGAGAGCCGGCAAUUGGUAGAAUCAAAAGUCUCCUUAUUGAAGAAGAGAAUUUCCAUCCUCUACUGCUGCUCGACAACUUUGAAUUCUUAGUUCAGUUGGACGAUGGAAGAAGCAUGGAGAUGCAGGCUGAAAGAAGAUUUCCAUCCGAAAAGACAGAGAUCAUGAAGUUCUUCAGAGACAUCGCUACAAAGUCAAAAAAAGCGCAUCUGCUGGUGACCUCAUCGAAGAAUAUCGAUAUCCUUCAGACUGGUCAGCAGUGGAUCAAGUUGCUUCCCUUCAAUGAAGAUGAUUCUUUACAACUGUUGAAGAAGGUCUAUGGUGACACCCCUCUGGAAAAAGAAACUGCCUGCAAAAUAGCACAUUGUUGUGGAGGUAUUCCAUUCGUCCUGUUUGCCUUGGCAGCGUGGCAGGAUAACCCAACAGAUCUUCUGGAAAUGCUGACGAACCCGGACCGCAAAGAAAAGUUUACAAGAAUUUCAGAUGCAACUGAAGAUGAGAAGAUCGACGUUUGUAUCGACGUUUGCUUCAAGAGACUAGAUACACACCAUCAGAAUACCCUUGUGUCUCUAACAGUAUUCAGAGGUCUCUUUACCACCUCAAGAGCUUCAAGAAUCCUGAAGUCUGCCGAGUUAAGAGGUGCGAUAGAUGAGCUAGCAAGGAGGUCGUUUCUGGAGCAGCAUAUUUCCGACCCAUAUCAUUACAGUAUCCUCACAGUAUACAGCCUCUACUGCCAGAACAAGACCAUAGAAACACCUUUCCAGGAAGUGUUUUCCGACGCCCGUAAGAUGUUCAUCAAUUACGUUCUCAGUUUCCUUGAAGAAACCUUCCAGAGCUUCCUUAGCACUGAUGUCUCAAAGGCUAUCGUCGAAUACCGACGUGAAGAUGAAAUCAUUAUGCAGCUCAUCGAUUGGUUUGGUGUAAAAGGUUCAAUGGAGGAAGAUCAAGAGAAAAGGUGCACCGAUGUCUUCAACAAGGUGGGAGAACUGCUUGGCAAAAUGAUGGGAAAGAAAACAUUUGACGGCGCCUUUACACAACUGAAAUAUAAGUGUAAGGAAAGUAAAGAUCCCAAGAGAUUGGGAGAAUGUCUCACGUCCCUGGGAAUCAAGGAAGUGUUCAGUUGCGGCUGCUCUCCAGACCUGUGUGAUGAAGCUGCUGGACGAGCCAAGCCCUAUCUGCUGGAGGCCGAUAGAAUCCAAUGUGAUCUUGAUAUCAGCACUGGUAACAGUCGAGCUCAAUGUCUUGCCAAACUUGGUCGGUGUCUCGUAAAGGAACAAAGCUUCACUGAAGGAAAAGAAAAGAUUCGACAGGCGAUCGACAUUCGAAAGGCACGUGGGGAAGCAGACAUUGUUAUGUUAGGUGCAACAUACAAUGACCUAGCAGUGGCUCUCUCCCUUGAGGGUAACCAUGAAGAGGCCAUAAAAGUUAGAGAAGGAGAGACGUUAGAAAUAUACAGAAAACACUUGGGAGACCGGCAUCCCUUUACGGCAACCAUCCUGAACAAUCUGUCCAACAACUACUCUGCCCUAGGUGAGUACGACAUCGCCAAACAAUAUUCAGAGGAAGCGCUGAAGAUUCGGCGUGAGCUGCUGAAAGACCAUUACGACACGGCUAAGUCCUUGUUUGAUCUCGGGAUGGUUCACAAAAAUAGGGAAGAAUUCAAGGAUGCCAAAGCUUACCUGAGAGAAUGUGAAAGCAUGCAAAGGUUUCUGGAUGACCCUACCAUGAUCAGCGAGCUUGAAAGAACCAUAAAAGAGGUGGAGGAAUGCAUGCUCAACGAAGGAAAAGAAAAACUCACGAAAUCAGAUGAUGAUCUUGGGCAAGAAGGAAAGUCGAUCACCUUACAAUAACUUUAGGCGGCGAACAUGAUGCAAGCGCAAGGAUUACACAGAAAACUAUUUAACUUGUAACUCUGGGUUCUGUUUUUGAUGUUAUUAAGUGGUUGGAAAUCUGGAUCAGUUUAUUUUACACUAUUGGUUGAUCAUAUGUAACAAGUCUGACGGGUUUCAUAGCCAUUGAUCAUGAUUUUGCCGAUAGGUUUAACUGAGAAAGGAACGAAAUCAAUGUGAACACGAAGUUCCGAGGAAAUCACACAGCGCCCAUGUCCUCCUUCAAAGCCCUUGCUUCGCGUUUAAUGAUGAAAUUUACCCAAGCCACGCAGACUGUUAUUCAGGUAUUUACAUUUGCUUUUUCACAAAAUUAAUACUUCAAAGUUAAAAGAGAUUUAAGGUAAUGUUUUUUGGUUGCAUGGAAGUAAUUUCAGAAAUUUAAACCUACACUGAAUUGUCAUCUCUGCGAAUCUCCUCUCCCCUUACUGUCUUACUGUGGGUGACGAGGACGAUGAGCAGGUGCAUCAGAUCGAGGGAAACUAAGGCGCUAUGUACGGUCGCGUUCUUCCGAAAACAUAUUCUGUCUAGGAAUUCUCUAUAUUGGAUUCCCCUGAACAGGGAUUUAAAAUUUGUAUUAAGUUGUAACCUUUGCAGACUUUUUAAUUUUUUCAGCUAAUUGUGUAAGAAAUCUUCUUCACGUGUUCUUGUAUUUGUGACAGUACAAAUAGUCAGUUUAAAACAUCAGAUGUAGUUUGUUUUGGAAACAAUAUAAUUUGGCACAAGCAUCAGUACAAAACUGGGGCUCUUACUUAGUGUAGAAGACACAGUUUACAUGAAAGAAUGGAGAAGAAAAAGACCAAAGAAAGAGGAAAACAACGAAAAUAAUUGGUUAAUGAGGCGGCGUUCUAUUGUGACAUGUUCUGUGUCUUCGACACCAAGAAGACGCCAAAACUGGAACCAUAAUGUCAUUCCCAAGACUUUCUCUUUUCCAUCUUCAAAAGUCCCGGGAACGAGGAUGAUGGAGUCCCUUCGGACGUUCGUGUCAGUAGUAGACACUAUCAAAUCGAGCCUCAUGAAUGUAUGAUGUUAACCGACAAUUACUUAUUUAUCAGAAACCUUGUCGUUUUUGAAGCGUUUUUCUGACCCUGUUGAAUUAUUUCAGUUAUUUAAUCUAUUUAAAAGUUAACAAGGAAUUUGAAAGCUGUCAACUACAUCACAAAUUCUGUUUUGGGGUUCUUAACUCAAACUAAUGGUGUAUAAUAAAAGUCAGCAAUACUUAACAGU